CAGAUACAUACACAACAUACAUAACUAGCAAACAACUUCAAUGCAACGCAACAAAACUCGCAUUACCAAACUCAUCCUCAAAUUUCAAAUCUGUCUCCAUUCCCACCUCCCAAUAAACACAAGCACAAACAAAAAACAACAAAAAUCUCUCUCCACUCGUGCACCCGGAGAGACAUAGAUAGAGCGUGUGUCUUUCGUUUCUCUGUCGAAGAAGAUAAGGAUGACGGGGCAAGUCGUGGUCACCAGCGUUGGCGGAUGCGGUGCUGGGAAGGGGCGGAGAGCCGCCGAGGAGGACCAAAACCCGGCCUCGCCGGUGGCGGUUCUGUUGGCGGCGCUGAGGAAAUCGAUGGUGGCUUGCAGUGUGGACAGUCCCGACGAUGUUAUCUCCGCCGUCCAUCACCCCAUGGAGAUCGGAUGGCCCACAAACGUCAAGCAUGUUAGUCAUGUCACUUUCGAUCGCUUCAAUGGGUUUCUGGGUCUUCCCCUUGAGCUGGAGGUUCAUGUACCCGCUCCUGUUCCCAGUGCUAGCGUUAGUGUGUUUGGCGUCUCAGCAGAAUCAAUGCAGUGUUCCUACGAUUCAAAAGGAAACAGUGUCCCCACCAUUCUACUGCUAAUGCAAGAGCGAUUAUACUCACAGGGUGGCCUAAAGGCUGAAGGUAUAUUUCGCAUAAAUCCAGAGAACACUGAAGAGGAGCAUUUGAGGGAGCAGUUGAAUAAGGGUGUUGUGCCUGAUGACAUUGAUGUCCACUGCUUGGCCGGCCUAAUCAAAGCAUGGUUCAGAGAACUUCCUUCAGGAGUUCUUGAUGGACUUUCCCCUGAGCAAGUUAUUGAGUGCGACACAGAAGAAGAUUGUGUUCAGCUUGUGAAGCAGCUAAAGCCAACCGAGUCAGCCUUGCUCAACUGGGCCAUUGAUCUCAUGGCUGAUGUUGUAGCUGAAGAGGAUUACAACAAAAUGGAUGCAAGAAACAUUGCAAUGGUUUUUGCUCCAAAUAUGACUCAGAUGUCUGAUCCAUUAACUGCUCUGAUGCAUGCGGUGCAAGUGAUGAAUUUACUGAAGACACUAAUUCUGAACACACUGAGAAAACGUGAGGAAGCAGCCGAAGGAGGAUACUCGCCCAUGUCAUCUGGUUCAUCUGAUCGCCAAUCCGAGGGUGACUAUGAUAGUCAGCAAGAUGAUGAUGAUGGUGAUCAUCAUGAUCAUCAUCUUCAUGAUGUUAUCUACAGUCCUACCAGUGAAGAGGACGAGGAGGGUGAUGCAUCAUCAGUGAGUGAGAUAGUGGAGUGCUUCUUGAAACGUUUGGAUGAGAAAACAAAAAGAUUCUCUGAAAAACCUGUAGAUAAUAACUUGGAAUCCAAUUUAUCAUUUACUGACAUAAAAACUGAGAAUUCCUGCUCAAGUUUCUCUUCCGAAGAUGACUCAAGAACAACUCUUACUGCCGAGGAAUCAAAUGCUGACACAAGUAGUUCAUCAAUGGGAAGCACGAGCACCAAUGAUGUGGAGAUGAUCGAUAAAUUUCCAGAUCCUGUUUCUCUAGUUCCACUGUUUGCAUCUAGUUAAUAAGAACUGAAUGUAUUUUAACUCUUAAGCGGUGUUUAAGUUUCUAACCUUGUGUAAAUGAAUUGGUACACGGGUGUAGGAAAUGUGUUGUUUGUUGAAGAGUGUGGACAGUGGUUAUGUUCAGUUUAGGGCUGAAUUUGACCUGAUUCUGAUUAUCUAUGUCCCAGUACCGGAUUGGAUGGGGGAGUCUAAGCAGUGGCUAAGCGUAUUUUCAAAUUUCAAACACGUGGUGAUGAAUGCAUUGACGAAUUGUUAGGGAAUAGAGAGAUUGGUUCAGCAAGAAAUGGUGCUUGCUUUGUUUGUAUCUGUGCAUGAUCAAAAUUUGGUGGUAAUGUAACAUUACUGGUAGAUAAAUGUUGAAUUCCUUUCA